AGUGAAUCACACAACACCUAGUAUUUAAGUUGGAGUUUCAUCAACAUUUCUUCAAUACAAAUUAAUUCUCUAUAUUUUGUAAUACUCAAGAGAAGAUUAUAUCCAUGGAAGCUAAAAGUCUUAUUAUGAGUGCUCUUUUGGUGAGUCUUGUUUUGGGACGAAUUCAAGUUGAGGCGUCACAGACUCUUUGUUGCCCAACCCGCGUUGCCAGAGUUCUCUAUUAUGCGUGUUCCGUUAAGAACCGAAGCGUAGAAGAUUGUGAACAAAUGUCUGGAUGCAAACACGUUGAUGGGGAAUGUCCCCCUGGUUUGGUUAACGACAUUCUCGAAAACACUGCCAAUGAAUACUGCAAGUUGGGGUGUGCAUCCUCCGUGUGUGCUGCCAUAACCACUCUCCAAAAUUCAGAUGCAAGUGAAGUUGUGAAUGGAGCAGUUGAAAAAUGUAGGCAGGCAUGUUCUGCUUUCUGCACCAAAGCUGCAGUUGAAACUGCCUAAACAAGCACGCAUGCAUGUAUGUAUACCCACAUCGACAGUGGCGGAGUCAGGAUUUUUUUUGGGGGGGGGGGGCUGAA